AUGGCAUUGAGUUGUGCGGAGGAAGAGGACGUUACUGAAUCACAUAGUUACGUGUACUUUGCGCAGAAACUGGACGACUUUUCGGUCCCAGAACAAGAAAACCUUGAAGGCUUACUAUUCGAAGGAAAUGACACCAAUAUUUUCCGGACGCUGGACGCAACCAUUGUAUAUUUUGAACUCUAUGAUAAAGCGGAUGUCCGAUUACAAGCAGCCGCAAUUUUCAUUUUGGGAAGGACGGAGAUUGAAUCUGGGACCUUCAACGCCAAUUUCUGGGACCAAGUUAUGCCGAAUUUCCGCAGCCGAGACGCGAUUGUUCGCUUGAUCCUACUUCCGGGUUCUGAAGCACUACCAGAUACAGAUCUUGCGAUUUAUGAAGAAUUGGCUACCAACUCGACAGGAUUUUUUGAUUUUGAGGAAUGGCAAAACAACACUAUCCCUUCUGUGAGAGCUACUGCGAUAAACUAUGGAAUGCGUACGCCGUUGGUACUUGCCGAAAAUUGUAAAACACUGAGCACCACGGUGGACAAAUCCAACUGUCCGCAACGCUACUUUCCUUUCCUAAUUCCGAUUUUUGCAACGUUGAAUCGGAAUGAAAUAAAUAGGCACUUGAAUAUCUCACAAGCUAUUUUGCAUACCUGCUACAUGACCGAGAGAACGGAUAAUUCGCAUAGCGUCUACACCUUUCCAGAGCACGAAUACAGCCGUUUCAACCUCUCCUACCACGACUUUGGCGAGAUUUAUAGUACGGAGCCAUACUAUGCUUAUAUAGCGUUGGGGAAAGAUAUAAAUACCGUAGGCGAACUGCAAAGCCUGUUCCUGCAGUACUUCAACAUUUUCGAAGAAGUGCACGAAUUUCGAGAAAUUCAGCCUGUCGUUAUCAUCAUGUUCGACAUGGUCGAUCAGCAGUUAACCUACGAGCUGAACGGAAUCCACGCGUUCUGGGGUACGUUGAUGAGCCAUUUAGUCUCGACUGACGUUCUUCUACGCAUCGUUUAUACUGUGAGCCAAACCCUACCCGCGGCCACUGUAGACGCCUUGGAAAAGGUGAAAGCAGACUACCCGGGAUAUUUUGAUUACGAAGUCAAUCGUAUGGAUGACCCUUUCCUGACCGCAGCGAAAUACGGAAUGUGUAGCAUUGUG